AUGGUUGAUAUAGAUAAUAGAAAUCAACAAUUACAAAAGUUAUUAUUACAAGAUGAAAGAAGUGAAGAUAGCAUCAAUAACGAUGAUUCGUCGUCAAAUAGAAUGAUCACAUGGUCGUGGGUUGCCAAACAACUAGUCAAAGUGUUAUUGAAUCAUUCAGAAGGGAUCAUGGUCAUAUAA